GGUCUUUGAAAGAGAAAGCAGCCAAAACAUAUUUAACAUGUUUACAUAUAUUUUUUCACCACAUGUUAUUCAAAUUUGUAAGUGUCAGCAAGGCAAAUAUUAAUAAAAAAAUACGUGUAUGUUCGUUAAUUAUUUUCAAGAUUUUUUUUCUCAAAAUAGUAUAAAAGGAAUGAUGUUUCUUACUUCUAUCAGGCUUCCAAGAGGUCCUCCAACAAAACUUUGCAGCCAUGAAGUGGUUCAUUUUAGUUUGCUUGAUAGUUGGAUCAACAUUAAUUGACUCGAGAAAUAUUAUAAAGAGAGAUGCAGGUAUGUGAAUAUUACUCAUAAAGAUGACUUUCAAUAAAAUCUAUUUUUGUUGAGACUACUUAUACUAUUAGAUUGUACUAAAGUUGUACGUAUAUUUGUUUAUCUAACAUUUUAUUUUUCUUUAUGGAUCCCCAAUUCAAAUUACUAAACUACUAUAUGUUGUUUUAAACAUAUGCAUAUUUAAAAUAUAUUUAAAAUUUGUUUUACUUCCAUAAAAUAUUGAUUGAUUAUUGGAAAAGGUCAGUCUUCCAAUAUUGUGUAAUAGUUAUAGAUUUAUUUAAACAUUUUUUUAUGCAAACAUACAUGUGAUUCUCAAUAACUUUAGACUUUCAUAAUACACAACUUAUUGCACUACAUCAUCGAUUUCCUAACUAUAAUUAAUGGAAAAAAAAUAGAUUAUCAUAAUUCUUUUCUCAAAUUAAGGUUCUCAAUCAUGACGUAGUUAAGAUGUUUGUUUCUAUCAUCUAUUAUAGAUGUAUUAAAACAAUCUAUAAAUAUUCUAUAUGCCUUUUUUUUUGCUAUUUAUUGACAAGCUCAGAAAAAUAGCAUACAAUAGUAAACAUAUAGUAAAGCAUAUAGUGAAGUUCGACAAUUACAAUGUAUGUAAUCAUGGUCAAAUAUCUUGCUAAUGCAUAUAUGAUAGCAUUUUUGGGAAUUAAUUUCCCAAACUGCCAGCAACAUAUGCACAUUUUGACUGUAUGUAAAAAUACUGGAUACUGGAUGCCUACAACGAGCAAAUAGUUACCUAGCAACAACUUAAUAUCUGUGCUUUGUGAGGAUAGAGCAGACUGCUAUUAUAUCCUUCAUAUAUGCCCAAAUAACAUUUUAUAAGUCUUACCUUCGCUUCCCCCCUAUAUGCUGUUCAGCAUUACUGUGCUUUGUAGGCCAUGUAAAGAGUAACAAGGAAAUAUAUAUAUAUAUGAUACAAGGAAGGUUUGUCCACUAUACUAAAACACUAAAAAGCAGAGGAGUGUGGCCAUUAAUAUGCAAUACAGGCAUACCCUGCUUUACAUAUACUCACUUUAAGUACACUCACGAGUGCAGACAUUCCCGCCAGUGUACGUAAAGGUGCCUUGCGAGUACAGACAUUCCCAUGCCUCUUCUCUUUGCGAGUGAACAGGAAAUGGAAGGUUCUAUUCUCGCCCGGAGCAGCUCAGUUCAGUGUCAUUGGGGCAAGACACCUUAAUCAUCUCAAUCAUCUCAAAUUUACAAUGUCUACUACUAGCUGAACAUAUUUUUUUUUCUGCCCCUACAUUAUCCAUAUUCUGCAAUUGACUUCCAUCCAGUGAAAGGGUUUACCCUGCCAUUUUCUAUAACAAUGACUUAGAAGCUUAGCUACAUUAGCCACAAUUCUGAGGAUUCAAAGUCAAACCAUAAAUGCUUACAGUGAUGAAGAGGUGUUUCUAAACCAAGUGUGCAACUAAGCUGCUAACAAAUACAAAUUGGCACUGUAUUGACAUAAAAUGGCCCAAUGGGCAGAUUUAUUUUACUUUUCCUCCCAGUUUAAGGUUGUCAGAUGAGUAAAACAUUAAAGAUAAAUGGUACAAUCUGGAAUGAGAUUUUUCUUUUUACUGUUUGUUUUAACUGAAUAAAAGCCCACUGGAAAUCACUAAAUAGCUCACUGGAAAUAAAAUCACCGGAAAUCUGCAGUUGCAGUAUCAGCUAUGCCUGUAAAUUACUAUUGCAAUGCAGUACAUGCAUUGGGAAGUGAAAAAAGGUAUUGCUUCACUUUAAGUACAUUUUCAUUUAACAUACAUGAUCUGGUUCCAUUGUGUACUUAAAAGUGGGGUAUGCCUGUAUGUGAGCUUUAAAACAUUGAAAAAGAAUAGAACACAGUCUGGAUUUGCCCAGAACCAUCCUUCCAUUCAGUGUUAAACAGUUUUAAUGAUAAGUGAGAAUCCCCAGCAACCCAUCCACUCUGGGUUACUUAGACUAGUGAGGAAGCAUUGGAUGGAGCAACAAUGAGUGGCUGUGAUUGGCUGAGAGUGUCAGUUGACCACUUCCAGCCAUUCACAAUGGCAAUUGCUGGUAUGAAUUAGUAUGGCUAGCAGGAAGAGUAUAUUUCUUGCCUUAAUCAUACCUCCAGUAGGUUCCAGCCUAUGGGUUGCCUGGUAACCUUAUUUAGUGGAACUAGUGAAAGAAGGGAAGAUAGCUGAAUGUGGGAAACUACAUUAAUUAAAGCACAGUAAUAGCAGAGAGUAUGCUCAGGAUCAGGAUAUUCCUAAUUUACAAACAUAGGACAAAAGGUCAGAAAACGCAUUACUGGUCCUUAGAAUGGCCAGGUUUAAAUUUAAAAACAGAAGACAGUCUGAUGACUGACAAAGAGAUGUAAAACAGGCAGGCCAAGGUCAGGGAGCACACAAAUACACAAACUUGAGAAACUAGUCAAGGUCAAAAUGCAUAGAAUUCUGAAAAAAAUGUAUAACAAGCCAAGUCGGUAACACAAUUAUCAGUCAAUCAAUUAUCUAAUCAUCUAUCUUGAUUAUUUAAUUAUAUAAUCAUCUAUUUUGAUUAUACAUGUGUCAUCUAAAAUCAAUAUAUGUGAAUUGAAGAUUCUUUUUUAUUUUUUUUAUUUACUGUUGUAAUACUAUUGGCAUGUAAGCAUACUAGUUUGUUAUAUUUCUGUUUCAUUGUAGCUACAAUUUUCUGAGUUACUUUUAUUAUUUUAUUUUUCAGAACAUAGAACACUUGUUGGUAUACACAAAGAAUUAGGAAGUGAAGUUUUUGAUGCCAUGUAAGUAAUGUUACCCGUAAAAUGUAUACUGUUAUUAUUAAUAUUUCUGACUCAGGUGCUCAUUUUCUAGAUCUGUCUCACUCUUCUGAUAUCUUUCUCACUCAAUGUAAGCAUGCUACUGUGACUCACAGUUUAAAAAAAUAAAAAUUCCACUUUGACUCUAACUCCGUACUGAACUCCACCAGGUUUCCAUCUUCCACACUUUACUGCAAUUACUCUAAACAAGGUUGUCAGUCUCAUCAUUCUCUACUGCACCAUCUCAAUCUCUCUGGAGCUUUUGACACUACAGACCUCCAGCUUCUUCUCACUCUGCAUCUUUGAUCUGUGUGACUCUACUCUAUCAUCGUUUUCUUCAAUUUUUUCAUUACCACUUUAUGACACUACAUCUAGUCUACCUUUCUUCUCCUGACUGUUCAUCUUCCCUCCUUCACCAUGUCACAAACUACUACUCCAUCUCUGACUUGGUGCCUGCUUAAUUUCUAAAUCUUGGUCCCUCAAAAUCACUAAUUGCCUUUCUUUUUUUAAGUUUUCAUGCUCUGUAACAGUGAAUGGUGCUACCAGUAAGUUUAUCUUGGCAGCUCGUUGAAUUAGUGUUCUCUCUUUUAUAUUCCAGAUCCAUUCAAUUUCCAAAUCCUGCUCUUUCCUAACACCUGAUAUAUCUAAAAUGCGCUUCUUAUCUCAUACUUUGGUUACUCAUCAUUGGUCUCACAUUUCCUUUCCCUGACUUCAUGUUAUUUAAAGAAAUUUUUAAAAACAUAUCUAUUGAGCAGUUCAUAACAAUAAACAUAACUCCUUUCCCCUGCCACAUUCCCAUUUUUGUGUUUAUUCACUACUAGUGUUGUUCAUUCAACCCCAUUAGAGUAGAACACUAUUCACAGCCUAUGUACUCAAUACAUGUGCAAUGCAUUUUUCAUUUGAACAAAAUGUGCUCUUUCUACUACCCCACUACCUUUUUCCUCAGUCAAAUGUGAGUUUAAUUAAUUUGUAUAUCUUGUGAAUACAUUGUACUGCACUUUGGAUUGCAAUAAUAAAAAGGUGUACAUUCUUUUACCAAUAAUUUAAAAGAGAAUAUUUAAUUUGAAAGAAACAAUUGCAAAGAAUACAAUACUUUUCACGGUGUGUAUAAAUAACAUUUGUUUUAAAGGAUGUCUUCAAUAUGCACUUUUGUUAAUUAUUAUUCUCUUUGUUUUAUUAUAUUCUAGAGUGUUGAUUAUGCUUGCUCGGAACCUUCAGAAAUGUCCAUUAGAAGAGCAUGCUAAGAUAGUGGCAAAAAUUUCUGACUUUGCAAAGCAUUGUGAGCAGGAACAUGCUGAUGAAGAAUGUAAAAAGCCUGUGGUUAGUAACAUAGAAACAAAGAAACAUGGAAUGUGACGGCAGAUAAGAACUGCUUGGCCCAUCUAGUCUGCCCAAUUUUCUAAAUACUGUCAUUAGUCCCUGGCCUUAUCUUAUAGUUAGGAUAGCCUUAUGUCUAUCCCACGCAUGCUUUAACUCCCUCACUGUAUUAACCUCUACCACUUCAGCUGGAAGGCUAUUCAAUGCGUCCACUAUCCUCUGUGUAAAGUAAUACCUCCUGAAAUUAUUUUUAAACUUUUGCCCCUCUAAUAUAAGACUAUGUACUCUUGUUAUGGUAGUUUUUCUUUAACCUUUCCUGGAAAAUUUUAUCCUGCAAUCCAUGAACCAGUAUCAAUAUCCUUCUGAAGAUAUGGUCUCCAGUACUGAGUACAAUACUCCAAAUGAGGUCUCACCAGUGUUCUGUACAAUGGCAUGAGCACUUCCCUCUUUCUACUGCUAAUACCUUUCCCUAUACAACCAAGCAUUCUGCUAGCAUUUCCUGCUAAUUUAUUAUGCUUGUCUGCCUACCUUUACAUUGUCUGAACUUAAAGUAACUAAUGCUUAUUGUACUGUUGGAGUAGGUUCAUAAUGUCCAUCAAUGAUAUUCAACUAAUGCCUCAAACCCAUAUCAUGUCAGUUAUCAGGCUAAUUAGGUAUUAUUAUAACUAUAUAAUUUAAUUAGCAUGUUUAGGAGUAUUUAAAGUACUGGCAUACAUUCCAAAAGAAUGUUCUAUGUAUCCCUGCUAUAUGAUAAUCACAAACAAAAAGUACACAAAGCCAAACAUUUGACAAUAAAGCAAAUAAAUGUUGACUUUUUAAAUACUAUUGAUGGUUCAUAAAACAAUAUACAUUACAGGACAGAUUAUACCUGCAUAUUGCCACAUGCUAUAAUAACAAUUGGAACUAUAUACUUUAACAUUUACUGGAGCAUGAAGCAAAGAUGGAGCAAAAUCACACUAUUUAGAUAUUACAUCUUUUACACCCAAAAUGAUUUCCUGUAACUGGAGUAAAACCUCCUUUUUAAGUAACCAUAAAAUGCAUAAUGUCAGCCCAUAAUUACUAAAUGCUGCCUAGAUUUUAUGGAUAGAAAGCACCAUUGCUGUAUGUUAAAUGGCAGAGAAUUGAGCAUUUAGACAGUCGAGGCAUGAUGUAUACAGAAAAAUGGGUUCAAUAAGCUAAAGUUGUUUUGAUGCCUAUAAUAUCCUUUUAAUCAAUAUUUAUAUUAAUCACUUUUUGUAUUGCUUGCAGAACACUUUAUUUUAUAAUUCGGUGUGUGCUAUUCCUGAUCUUGCAACUCAUUAUAAGUGGACAGAAGAAUGCUGUGCCAAGGGAGAUCCUGACAGGGUCAAGUGUUUUCAUGAACACAGUCAUGUGGAGUUAGAACCAUACAAGAAGCCAACUUCAGAAGAACUCUGCAAAGAAUUCAAGGCAGAUCCAAAACAUAUUGUGCAGCAGUAAGAAUAAGUACAAUUUUUUUUAAUUAUAAAAAUGUAAAAACAAAUUGAUUGAAAAUUGAAUGCAUUAUUUAUAUCCAAGAGACAUGUCACUACAUAAAAUAAUAGAUUGUUUUUUGUUAAAAAAAAGCUGAAACAAUUUUAUAAAUAAACACAUUCUACCUAAUUACUUAUGAAAAUUUACUCUUGAAAAAGUGAAGGAGAAAGUGAUUUUGUCUAUAUAUAUAUAUAUUCCAGUUACAUUCAUGAGGUUGGACGCAGAUUUGAAGACAUUAAUCCACCAGCAAUCAUUGUACUUUCUCAAGGUUAUGAAGGCAUUCUGACUGCUUGUUGUGAAGCAGAAGACAAGGAUGCAUGCCUUAAAGAAAAGGUACAGCAAAUACAUUGUAAAUUUAUAUUAUUACAUUGUUAUUACAAUAUUUUAAUUUAUAUUCUAGAAACUUGACAUUGAUGGGAAACAAUACUUAUUUAGUAUUUAUUAUUAAUAGUAUUUAGUUUAUUAUAUAAUUAUGCAAUCUUAGUCUAUAUAAAUGCAUGUAGGAGAUUGUAUCUUGCUAUUUACGAACUAUAAAUAUAAGUGAGUGAGAACUCUUUUCCAGGCUAGACAGUAGACAUUGUAUUACAUGGAGUCAAAAAGAUCUAAGAGAAUGUAACCCAAAAUAGCAGACUCAAAAUAAAUCUUACUUCUCAUGCUUUUACAACAUUCUUCUACCUCUGUACCUCUAUCAGAAGAUUUACAGAAUUUAUAGGAAAGCAUCCCUAACAGCAAUCUUUUUCUAUUAGUAUUUUUCAUAUUAAAAUACCACUUUAAAUAUCACCAACUCUUGGAACUCCCUUAAUUAUGUCAAAUGAUCUCAAGCAGAUACACAUUUAUUUAUUUUUUAAUUUCUAUUGGAAAAUUGUUUCUGACUAAUGACCAUUUCCUUAACCAAUUAUGUUUUAAUCCAGAUGACAGAGCAACAUAAAGUAAAGCUUGGACUUAAAUAUCAUCAUAGAGAAAUUUGCCGUAUUGUUAACAAAUAUCCUGUUAGAACCCUUCGGGCUCUGUAAGUGUUUACUCUUUUUUAAAUUAUCUGAUGGAAUCCUUUUUAAUGAGUUCUGGAUGUAAUGAUCAGCUCUGUCAAUUAUCUGCCAUUUUGUUAUAGAUUGGUAAAAGUAACAUUUCAAAUGGAAGUCCUGACAAUUUAAUGACAUAUACAUGGCUUCUACUAGUGUCAGUGUUCAUAAAUCACAUGAAUUGUCAAGCCGCCAGUGUGGUUUUAAUACAAGAACAAACCUAAUGUAUUCCCGACACUGCAGUGCUGGUAUGGCUGUUUAGGUCCCUUGCCCCCCUGUCAGAGUAGUGAAAAGGUGAUUUUACUUACUUUUUAUCACAUACCAAACCUGUUUUGCUGCAGCUGGCCUGCCUCCAUGGCUGAGAUCAUCAGUCUUGCUGAUUUGGUGAAUCCAAUGCUUCCCACAGGAAAGCAUUGGGUGGAUAUUGCACAAAAUACCAUGCAAAGUGCGCAAUGUGCCAAUCAGUAUCUCUAUAUGGAAUGUUCAGCACCUCUACCUCUGUGGAGACGCUCAACUCUGGUGCUGCACAGUGUGCAGCACUGGACUAGGAAGCACCACUAGUGGUCAUCUGAGUGACUGCUACUAGAGGUAUUCCUAGGCGGAAACGCAAGAAAGGCAGGGAAAAGGCAGUGAUUUACAUUGAAAAACCUGCAUGAACAGGCUUUAGUCACCAGAACCACUGCACUAAGCUGUAGUUGUUCUGGUAACUAUAGUGUCUCUUUAACCUAAAUAUAAAACUUUUAAGUAAAAAUAAAAGAGCACAUUUUAUAAACUGUCAAAUAUGAAAUCCAAAUUGGAUUCUAUUCUUAAUAAAAGGAAGGAUAUAUUUAUAAUAAUUACAGUGUAAUUUAUUUUCACCUGCACAAAUUAAGUACAGUUGCACAAAUUAGCAGGACAUUUCGGAUUGUUAUUACAGACUCCAACAAAUCCCUGUAACAUGUUUAGUGUUUCCCCUCCCUAAUUUCCUGGCUGCCAGAAUGCAGUCAUGAAUUUUGACAUGGAAAUGUGGAGUGUGAAAAUAGAGUGGGGUCCUUCUGCAUAGAUCAGAAACACAGAAAGCUGCCUCAGCUGAGAAAUAUGUUCUCUGUAGUGCAAGAAAUCAGCACUGAACAAACAUGAAGGUAACUUGGACUUAUGGUUCAAGUUUGGUUUCAUAUUGAGUUGUAAUGAAAGGUAAUAUAUGUUCUGGAGAGAAAAGUUUAAUUCAGAUUGCCCCUUUCUCAGGAAGGAAUGGUGAUUAAAGUUAUAAAUGUAUGGUAUCUGUCUAUAAGAGAUUAGCGAUAUAAGAGUGAUGGCCAUGGUGGCUAUCUGACAGCAAAAAAAAAGAGAUUACACAUAUAUAUGGAAUAUUACAUAAAAUAAUGCUUCACUUAUUUAUUUGUUUAACUUUCACAGGAAACUUUCGCAGAUAAGCCAAAAGUACCCAAAUGCAAAUUUUGCAACCGCAAGUAAACUUACUGAUGAAAUUGUACAUUUGCAUCAGGAUUGUUGUCAUGGUGACUUGCUGGAAUGCAUGCUUGAAAGGGUAAAACGGAUUUUCAUUAUUACCUUAAAUUAACCAAAAAUGAUAAUAUACUGAAAACCUUGAUUAUUAUCCCCUAAAAUGUCUAGGUAUUCACAGUAUUAGCAUAUAGUACCUCCACUAGAACCUAAACAAAAACAUAUUGGGGAUACGAUUCUGCAUCACGUCCAGUGUUCAUUGUAUUAUGUAAUCAUGUCCAUCUGUUUGAUGAGCUAUGAAUACGGCCAUACAGGAUACACCACAAAAAGGGUGAUUGCUCUAUCCUUUCUUUUUUCUUAAGCACCUGCAAUAUCAUAAAAUUAUAUUUUGAGAGGAAUAGUUAGCACUGCAUAUUUUAUUGACCAGACUUAUUUGGAUGGCGAUUGAGCAGCAAAAAGGAAAACUGUGUCAUAAACAAUGCUGUUGAUGCUGCUUGAUCCAAAAGGAAGGAUGCAUAGUCUCUCAAUUUCUGUACAGCUUGAAUCGUUAUAUGAAUGGACAUCUUUCAAAGUAAAAAGGAUGCCACUGGUCUUCUUCAAAGAUUAAAUAUAAGAAGAAACCCAAAAGAACUGUUUCCUGGUACAGCUGUAGAAAUUCUAGGAAAAAGUAUUUUAAUAUAAAAGGCUUGAAUAACAGAAACUUAAUAGCGACCUAAAAAACAGCAACAACCUGUUUUUGAUAGCCAGUAGAGUUUCCGAAAACCAAUUCCAGUGGUUGGAAAGAAGUUUUGAUAGUACCACAGGCAGGUCCUAAGAUCUCAUAGAAGAUCAUAUUGGUGGUUUAAUGCACAGAACUGCUUUAAAAAAGCUUUGUACCACAUAAUGUGCAGCACAUUUGAUGAUUAUUAGUGCCAAUACAGCAGAUAACUGAACUCUUAAGGAACUAAUACAAAGUCCAUUGUCUCAUCCUGAUUAUAGAAAAGUAAUUUGUCAGAAAGAUGUGGUUGAACUGGAUCCUUGCCCUAUAGGAUGUCACAAAGUACUUUCCAUAUUAUAUAAUAAACAUGUAGUGUAGAGAUGUUUUUGCUUUUAUUAGAAAGUCAAUUACUGACUUAGGUAGGCCUUGUUUCAAAAAUGUUUCCCAUUCAACUGUCAUGCCUGAAUCCUCAAUAUAUAUAUAUGUGUGUGUGUGUAUAUAUAUAUAUAUAUAUAUAUAUAUAUAUAUAUAUAUAUAUAUAGAGAGAGAGAGAGAGAGAGAGAGAGAGAGAGAGAGAGAGAGAGAGAGAGAGAGAGAGAAAGAGAGAGAGAGAGAGAGGAAAACAAUGCCCUAAAGGGCCCUGGGUCAUAAGGUGCUGAAUCAGUGGAUUGAUCCAUUAGUCGUCUAGUGACAAUCUGUUUAACAUUGGAAACAAAGUUACUCUGUGCCAAUAAGGGAUUUUUGCUAUCACUUUGGUGUGAUCUGAACUUGAAUAUUCUGGCUUGUGACCAUCAGAUUAAGUGCUGAGGUCCACCACAUCCUACAGAUUAUUUUGAAAGUUUAGAUACCUUUAAAGUCUGUAUCUGCCGAGUAAAUAUAAGAAGUGUUUUCUUUUCCCGAACAAUACAUGGCCUUCAAACCCUGUAGAUGCUGUGGGUUCCAGAAAAUAAUAGGUAGACUUUCUUUGCCAAUUAAAAUUUCACAGCUCAUAUAGUAGUUUAAGAUUAUCAUCAUGUGUGCAGCGGAUGGUGGUCAUAACACUAAGAAUGCCCUGCCCUUCUCCAUGUAAGUAGUGAAACCAUUUUGACAUUUUUACCAAGGUUCCACCAAGCACUUCACUGGUAUAGUUAGAUAUAAUAGAGCAAACAAAAAUAUAGAAAAUAUAUAUAUAUAUAUAUACACAAUAUGCAAUACCCAGAAUCCCUGCACCUGAAAGAAUGCCUGAAUCUCGUGUAUUUUUCCCCCCCUUUUUUUCUUAUAUUUUUUGUAUAUUUAUUACGGAAUCCCUUUUCACUUAAGAGGUCUGUUCUGUUUUCAAUCAUGUUCUGUACUGCAUCAAUAAACCAACUAUUUCUAAGGAUCUGCCUCGUUGAGAUUGUCUUGGAUUAGGUUUAUGGUAAGUGCAGUCCAUUUGUGUUUUUGUGGUUAUAAAUUAAGGGGAUGGGAACAGCAGACCCUGGAAACCAUUAGAGAACAUGUUGACUACUAACACUGGUGGUCCCAGGAGGCACCAAGCACCAUAAUGGUAGCACUGUAAUGGUUAUGGUGCUUGAAGUGUUCCUUUAAAGAGAGUGGAAAUAAUAAUAUUUGUACUGUAAAACAUGAUUACAAAAAGUCAAAUGAAAAUUAUAUAUUUAUAUACCUUGUUUCUCUUUUAACCCAACAGUUGGAGCUUACCGAACAUACGUGUGAACAUCAUAAAGAGUUAUCAUCAAAAUUAGAAAGUUGCUGUAAAAAACCAGUCUUAGAACGAACACCAUGCAUUAUUCAUCAGGAAAAUGAUGAUGUUCCUGCAGACUUACCCCUACUUGAAAAGGAAUUUAUUGAUGAUCCUCAUGUGUGUGAACACUUUGUAAAAGAACAAGAUGUGUUCCUUGGCAGGUAGACUUAAAUAUAAUCUGUAUGUUAUGAUGCAAUGCUAUUUUUAGUAAUUCCAUAGUUGGCCAUUGGAGUUCAUAUUUCAUAUUUCUAUUUUGGAGUUAAAUCACUAAACACCAAAUUGUAAUGAAUUAUAAAUCAGAUUACAGAAUUCAGUCUAAAAUAGUCAAGCUAAGACUUUAUCCAGGCUUGAGUAGUUUUCAAGUCAGCUAUUUUAACUUAAAUAUUGCAAAUGGGUAUUCAAUUCACUACAAAUAUUUGUGUGCAUUUAUGAAACGCCAACAUAUAUUCUGCAGCAUUGUGCGAUUUUGGAAAAAUACAUUACAAUAUAAACAAACCAAUACAAAAGAUAAACUGGGCCCUGUCCGUGAGCUGAAAUCUCGCCAUUGAAGUUCUUUUAAACCUUUAUAGAUAUCCUUUGAACCUAUAAUCCAAAGAUUAAUACGGGGAGUUGAGACUUGAGACAAGAGGUAGUAGGGGGAAUUUGGAGGUGAUGAUCAGAGAGAAUUAAAAGGAUAAUUGCAACCACUGGUAUCAUGUAAAGGUAAUAAGGAGGUAAUUGAGCAUGAUAUAAAACGUGAUAUAAAAGCAUGCUGUAAAGUUAGAAUGAACCAGGCUGGGUGGGUAGUGAGUAUUAGUAUUGAAAUAUCUUUGUUUCUGUUUGCUGAUUUGUGGAAUUAGGUCUAAAGAAUAAAGUGAGACAGUUAUUUGAAGGAAUUUACUUCUUGUAGGAAAAAGUAAUGGAGAGAGUUGCAUGGGGGAGGGGGGAUUUGGAUUUGGUUCCACGACUAUUUUUAUUUCAAUUGAAUUAAAUUAGGUUAUAACAUAUAAAGUCUAUUAUGUUUGUUAGAUUCCUAAAUGAAUUCUCAAAAAGACACCAAGAACUUUCUCAAAUACAGAAUGUAAGAGUUGCUAAGGGAUAUCAAGAUAUACUUGAGAAGUGCUGCAAAGAAAGUGACCCUCAUGAAUGCCGUAAGAAUGCAGUAAGUUCAUUUGCCUAAUUCAACUACUUGAUUGUGAUGUUUUAUUGUUUAUUUUUUUUAUUUUACAAAGCUGUUAUCACAAUUUCUUACAGAAAACAAUACUGGACAAUGCAAUUAAGCAAAGCAGAGACAUUUUAGAACAGAACUGUGGAGCCCUUGAAAAACUUGGAGACUAUCAGUAUCAACUAAUGUAAGUUAAAUAAUAUUGAAGGAGGUGGACCUAUUUAUCCAAGGAUGGAAUAUAUAUAUAUAUAUAAAUAUAAAUAGUAAUGGGGAGCACUCCCGGUCUGAAAUCCAUGUAAAAAAAAUAUUUAUUGUAUUUCCAUCAAAUAACUGUGCAAAUGAUGUAAAUCAACGUUUCAACCCAUUCGGGUCUUUAUCAAGAUCACAGUGUUAAGUGCAACAUGAGAAUAUAUAAGAAAAAGAAUAAAGCACUUACCAAUACAGCGUCAGGACAGCACGAAGACUGAUUGAACUCGGAAGUGUUGGAAAAACACAUGCGUGAGGUGUAUGUGACAUGUUCUGCGUGGUUGCUAUGCAACCAGACUGCUAUCAACCAGCGCUCAGGAGCUGUGGUUGCUAAGCAAUAGAAAGAAACAACGAUACUGAUAAUCUUUUGAUAAUCAUUUGGGUAAUGUUUUGCUUUAUAUCUCUUUAAUUCCUUCCCUAAAUAAAAGAAAGCUACACUUAGUCAGAGCAUCUUGAUAAUUUUAAAUUUAAACUUCCUUUUUAUUUUAUUUUUUUAUGUGAUCAUCUAUUUACUGAUAUUUUGUCACUUGCCUAUUCGUACCUUAAAUAUAAAUUUUACAACUUUUGUUACAAAUGAAACAGAGGAAAGUGAAUAGAGCAUUGCGAGCCUGUCUUUUUAAAAUGCAUAAAAUAGGUGUUUGUCAAACAACGCUUGAUUAAUGUAAUAAUUAUAUUAGUUGCAUAUGAGAAUGGCAGAAUAGUACCAUUUAACCCACUGUUUUCACUUCCUGGAUUUACUAUGCAAAGGCAUUUUUUGCUAUUGAUUCAGAUGCUCAACACAAUACGUUACCACCUUAAAGGAAAACAUACUCGUUUUCCUGGCACUAUAGUGCCCUGAGGGUGCCCCCACUCUCAGGGUCCCCCUCCCGCUGGGCUGGAUGGUGAGGAAAGGGGUUAAACUUACCUUUAUUCCAGCGCCGGGCGGGGAGCUCUCCUCCUCCUCUCCGCAUCCGAUCCUCCUCUUCGGCUGAAUGCGCAUGCGCGGCAGGAGCUGCGCGCGCAUUCAGCUGGUAUCAUAGGAAAGCAUUUACAAUGCUUUCCUAUGGAUGCUUGCGUCUUCUCACUGUGAUUUUCACAGUGAGAAGCACUCAAGCGCCUCUAGCGGCUGUCAGUGAGACAGCCACUAGAGGAUUUAGAGGCUGGAUUAACCCAUUUAUAAACAUAGCAGUUUCUCUGAAACUGCUAUGUUUAUAAAAAAAAGGGGUUAAUCCUAGAGGGACCUGGCACCCAGACCACUUCAUUAAGCUGAAGUGGUCUGGGUGCCUAGAGUGGUCCUUUAAUGACAUAAUAAAUAUAACAAAGAAAAAAAAUUGUGCAUAAAAUAGGCAGAUCUUUACUCUUUCAAGAGUACCCACAAACCCCUAUCUCAUAUACACUUUGAUGCAUCACUGCAUCAAAGUACCUCAGUGUUAGUGGGACCCCAUGUAGCUUUAUAUAUAUAUUGAUGGAAAUUAUGCCGUACAUAAGACUAUCGCCCCUACUCUCUAUUGUUUAAUCUACUCCCUGAGACACAGCCAUAUAUAAUACCUAUCAUUGAAUUGAUUGUAAAGGCUCAAGACUUCAACUUAGGGACAGGUAGUGGUUGAUUUGGCUUCAUGGCCAUUUGGUGUGAAAAACAUCACACAUUCUUAAUUGGAUAAAAGUGUGUUUAUGUUGCAAUGAGAGAUUGAAAACAUGGAUUUUGUUUGUGUGCAGAGCUUCUGCAUGUUCUCUCUUUGUUUCUUAUUGAAAAUAAAAUUGCAACAAUGUGAAUUUUUAAAAUUAUUCUUUAGGCCCUCCUAAUUGUUGUAGAUCCCAACAGUUGGUCAGUAUUUACAACAGGAGAAACAUUCUUGCUUUGUUACAUUAUAAAACAGUUAUAUAAAUAGGCUAUUUCCACACUUGAAAAUACAUUGCUUGCUUUGGUUGACAAAUAAGAAUAGAAGUAAAAUAAACUUUCUAUGGAAACUUCGCACAUUCUAUGACUAAAAAGUAUAUUACAUUUACCACAAUUCUCAAAAGGAAAACUUACUAUUUUUCAAAUUAUGUGUUUUUUGAUAUGAAUAAAAUGUUUUUGUUCAUAAUUUUAGAUUACUUACACGAUAUGUGCAGAAAAUACCAGUUGUGACCACGCCUUCAUUGAUUGAGAUCACAACUGGAAUGGUUGAGGUGGGCAAAAAAUGCUGUGCUCUGGAUGAAAAGCACAGAAUGCCCUGUGCAGACACUGGGGUAUGUGUUUCUUACAGUCAGUUUGUAUAUAUAUUUUGUCUAUAUAUAUGUAAUUGUCUAUUAUAUCAUUGCUCUUUUAAAUCUUAUCAGUGAUCAAAAUACUUGAAUGGUCAAUACAUAGCUAUAGAUUUUUUUCACAGCUUCUCAUUUUUCUUCCUCUAUUGUCCAUUUCUCAUUUGAUCUCUGAAUAAAAUAAAUGUUUGGUGACCUUUCCCUCGGUACCAAUCUUCUUUUUUCCCCCAGUCAUCCCUUUUUUGGCUCCAUGAGUGAUAUCCGGAGUCACAAGCCAAACUGAACAUUUUUUACAUUGCGCGGUACCUUUGUUUAUCAGAACCAUUUCCCACAGCCCAUACCUUAGUGUUGUUUGCCCCCAAAUAUUUUGCUGGUCUAUUUACUGCCAAAUAUUUCAGUUAUUAUUUUUAGUUACCAUACUUGAUUUGACCUUACAUGGUUUCCCAGGUAAGAGUUCAAGCCAAUAUAAAACAGUUUGACUACUUAUAAUGAGGUGGCCCAAGGGCCUACUUGGCACCAUAAUCAUCGUCACAGUGCGCUGUAAUGAUUAUGUGGCAUGAAGUGUUCCUUUAAUAGUAAUUGGUUCACAAUCCACUAAUACAGGAUUUAUUUACUAAUUGAAAAACAGAUGAGAAUUUCAUAUUUAAGGCCAAAAUAAUAUUCUCUUAUGUUUUUCAUCAUGCUUAAAAAUGCAAUUUUCCCAAAUUCCAAGUUUAGUGGAAGAACCCCUUAGUCAGAAAAAGGUCCACUUGGAUGAUUUUGUAAAAUAAUUUUUUAAAUAUCACCAAAGGGACCUUGUAGGGUCAUAUCAAAAAAUGGUAAGUUAUUUCAAAUAUAUGUAGAAUAUAUGAAGCAUUGCCUGCUGCCUGAAAGAUAUGAUCUAUUAAUAUAUAUAUUAUUAUAAUUUCUUAUUCUUAUUAUUAAUUACAUAUUCUUGAAAAUAAAUUAUUGUUGAUAAUAGUAUCAUGCUUGAAUAUUUAGUUGAGCCAAAUCAUCGGAGAAAUGUGUGAGAGACAGGAGAAGACCUUCAUCAAUGACAAUGUUGCAGCUUGCUGUAAUGGACUUUAUACUGAAAGACGGGCUUGUUUCAUUGGUCUUGGACCAGAUACAAAAUAUGUACCUCCACCAUUGGAUGAAAAUAUAUUCCAUUUUGAUGCAUCUUUGUGCACAGCUGCUCCAGAAAUCAUUCUAACGCAGAAAAAGACGUAAGUAUCAAUCUAUCGGAGAUAUGUAUUUUCUUUAGAUUUAACAUACUAGUUUUUGACGGUUAGAAAUCUUGUUUAACUCUUAAAUAUAGUUUUUACAUGUGAUAUUCACUUUCUUUUCAGUAGUAGAACUGAAUGCAACGGAAUACAUUACUUAAAUGAGAGACCGCAGACCAUGUAUAAUCAUCAAUUAUUUUAAUUUCCAGACUGUUUACUGACUUUUUGAAACGAAAGAUUACUCUGGAGGCUGACAAAAUUACUGCCGCGUCUGCAGAAUUCACUAAGAUAUAUGAAAAGUGCUGUGCAGCAGAAGAUCACCAAGUAUGCUUUGACACAGAGGUAUGUUUGUUAUGAACCAUGGCAGUGUGUUAACGAAGCAUAAAGCAAUGGUGUAGCUGAAGCUCUCAUAUCCAUGUUAGUGGGGCUCAGGGAAAGAGAAACACUUCAGGCCAAAAAGUGAAUAUUAUCACAUAAUUAAGAUGACCAUGAGAGAAAAAAAGAUUAUGAUGUUAUUUUUCAGAGUGCUCUGCCUCACUCUGACUCUGCUGACAGUACCUUAGCACUCAAUGUUUUUAUAGCUUGUAUAGGGAGUGGAGGGGGUGGAGACAGGGGUCUUGUAGAGGGGGGGGGCAGCAGUGGUCUGUAGGGGGGGCAGGUUUUUUUGUGAAUGGGGGGGCAGGGGGUUUGUAGGGGAGUGCAGAGGGUUUUAAGGGGAUUGGGUCUUGUAGAGGGGGUGAGCAGGGGUUUUUGUAGAGAGGGGGACAGGUUUUUUUGUGAAUGAUGAGUGCAGGGGGUCUUGGAGAGGGGGGCAGGGAUUUUUGUGAAUGGGUGGUGCAAGGGGUCUUGGAGAGGGAGCAGGGAUUUUUUCAAAGAGGAGUGCAGGUUUUUUUUUUAGAGAGGGAUGCAGGUUUUUGUUAGACAGAGGUGCAGGGUUUUUGAGAGGGGGGAUUUGUAAAAGUUGGACUGGGCAGAGAUUUUGUAGAAGGAGGGGUUUGUAGAAGAGGGACUGGGCAGGGUGUUUUGUAGAGGAGGGGUGCAGGGUUUUUGUAGAUGGGGCAUGGGUUUUGUAGAAAGGGGGGUUUUGUAGAAGGGGGACUAGGCAGAAGGUUUUGUAGAGAGGGUUCAUGGGUUUUGUAGAGGGGAGCAGGUGAUUUGUAAAAGGAAGACUGUGCAGGGGCUUUGUAGAGUGGUGGUUUUGUAGAAGGGGGACUGGGCAGGAGAUUUUUAGAAGGGGGACUGGGCAGGGGUUUUGUAGAAAGGGGAGUUAUGUAGAAGGUGGACUGGGCAGAGUUUUUUGUAGAGAGGGGGUGCAGGGUUUUUUAAAAAGGGAACUAGGCAGGUGCUUUCUAGAAAGGGGACCAGGCAGGGUUUUGUAGAAGACAAUAAAAAAAAAAAAACACAAAAAAAAAUAGAAAACAUUAAAAAAAAUAGUGGAUUUUUUUUUACGUUUGAGUGGGCGGAGGGGUGAUCUACCAAGCACAGGAUCCACCCCUGGUGCCAAAUGCUCUAGAUACGCCCCAUACCAAAUGGAUAUACACAAAUUCUCCAUGAUUUUUCAUGUUAGUCACCUUCAUUAUUUGCAUGUAAUUAUAUUAUUAACUUAUUUACAUCUAUGUAGUACUGAUGUAUUUCACUUGCUGUAUAUACUACACGUAACAUUCAUGACAAAAAAAAGUACCAAUAUAUUGCACUAAGCUAUGUAUAAUACAUGCAUACAGAUUACAGAGAUGAAGCAAGAUAGGCAAACGAACAUAAAAGGCGAUGAUAUUGUUUCACAAAUGAGCUUACAGUCUAAAAAGUAUAUUAUCUACACAAAAUGUAAACGUAUGAAUAACUUUAAGGAAGCAUUGGUUGCAAGAGUGUAUGCGGUAGACUUGGGAAUAGUGGAAAAAUGUUUUUUGUCCAAAGCAAUAUGUCCCAAAUUUUUUUAAUUAAUCUCAGACAAAUUUCAUCCAUUCAACCGAUUUGAGUGUCAAUGUACAUAUUUGUGUUAAUGUACAACUUUAAAAAUGUUUGUAUUUUAUUCCAGAAACCAUUAUUGAUUGCAAAGUGCAAGGAACUGGUUGAACAUUAAAAAAAAAACCCAGGUAACAUACAGUAUGAAAUUACUAUUAAGAAAAAUUCUUACAGAGCAAUUAUGAAAAGAGUCAUCCUGGACUUGGAGGCAAGAAUAAAUACUUACUCCAUUAAAAAAAUCCAAGGGCUCUAUUACACAAAACAAAGCCAUCACAAUAUUGUGAAUCAAAUUUUGUAAUGUAUAUAUCUUUUGUGAUACUAUGUCUGACCUUCUCAAUCGUCUGGAUAUUUUUAUGAGUAGACUAAACAAAAAAAGAGGAAAGAGACUGAACUAAAAAUUACACUUUACCUAGUAAUAUGAAAAAUAAAACCUUACAAAUCAAUAUAGAAAUAUGGAGUAGAUCAAUCCCAAGGCACAAGAAACACUUAUGUAAGGAUGGAUAACACUGGAAAAACAAUCAUAAACUGAAAAUAGAGUAAUAUAGUACAUAUAACCAUAUUAGUGCAGGGAACAUGAUGCACUUACAAGACAGCCAAAUUUAAGAGCCUGUCUCCCUUUAAGGAUAUAUUUCGGAUCCAGAGCUUCUUGGUAAUAUAUUCAUGUAUACAAUGCUACCCACAAAAUAAAAAGAGAACAUCAAACAAAUGCAAGAUUAUUGAAAAUGAAAACAAAAAAAAUAUAGAAAUAACACCACUGCAAGUGUUCAAAAUCCACAGGAAGUUUAAUUGACACAAAACAAAAACUAACAAACAGGUGGAAAAGGUCACACCAAAACAUCUAACGUGUUUCGGACCAACAGGUCAUUAGACAUAGGAGUUUAUAUCAUUUAAAAAACAAUACAUUUAAAAAUAAUGGUUGCAUUUACAAGAAAGAUAUAAAAACAAGCUCAUCACUAGUAAUCUGUUUACAUGCCUCUACUGUGGACUGGUAAAUUAAUCCCUCAAGUAUGGAAUGUAGAAGUGGUCUUAAUAUAAAGAAUAAGUAAAAUUGAUUUAAAAUUUUAAAUAAAAUAAAAGCAAACAGCAGCACUGUACUGUUUGCUUUUUUAAAUUGUAUUUAUUUUUGGAUACAUUUUUUAAAUGAUUCAAUACUGUGAAAUAUAUGUUUUGAUAUAUUGAUAUAUUUUUAUGUAGUACAUAUUUUUGAUAUUUGACGAUUUUAAAAAACAAUUGUAAAACCUCAUCCAAAAGUAUUAAAACAAGACCUAAAUAGGGAAAAAUGAACAUAGCUUAGUUUUCUAUGUUUUUUCACUUUUGACCAACAAUUUGCAAUCUUAUUGUAGUUUCUUUAUAAUUCCUGGUUUAGUAAGCAGAACAAACUAAUUAUUACAAAACAUUAUAGAAAGUUCAAACCUACAGUUUGAUGUAAUUUGGUGGAGUUAUAUAUUUUUGAAUAUACUCAGUUUACUAGAUUUUGAAAAUAAUUCUGGUUUGCUAAACGUACAGUAUUUUCAGUUGAGCUAUCUGAAAUCUAAAAUUAGUUUGAGUUGAAAGUGUUCAUAUUAACACAGAGUAACAAUUUAUUUGUUUUCUUUUAUUAUUCAUUUAGUGUGUAACCGAAUGAUGAAGAAUAUCCAUUCAUCUGCACAAAAGGUUUUCCUAGAGAUAAAUAAAACAUGCAACUGGCACUUAUCUUUAAACAAAAUAAAUAAAGAUUUUAAACAAACAUGGAUGA